GUGUAAUGUCAUGCAAACCUACAAAAUUUUGUCUCGUUUUGUGGAAAAAUACUAAAUGUAAAACAUACUCAAUUCUGCCAGAAAAUCGGAUAAGGACAAUUAAAAAAGGAAUUUUUGAAGCAAAGUGGAGAAACAAAUAUUACCCUGCAAGAAUCUUACAAAAAAGUGAAGACAAAAAGUGGCUUGAAUCGUUGACAGUGGCUACAGAUGGAACUCUAAGCAUUGAAGUUAGCUCGAUUAAAAACAAUGCUGCAAGAAUGGAAGAGAGAAAAAAAGUAGUCGACAUGGAAAAAGAAAAUGAUAAGAAUAAAAGGUCUGUUGAAGAGGAUUUGGAAAGGGAGUUAAUUCAACAAUCAUCGAUUUUUGAAAAUUAUGGCGAAUCAUCCAUGUGUAAUAUGGACACUCGUUUACUGUCUCCCUCUAAUAAUUUGGACGAAUCUGACGAGGAUUCCAGUACUGAACCUCCUAAUUUUGAAAUCAAUGCUGAAGAUUUUGGUUCACAACAAAACCUCAAGAAAGGUUCACCAACAAAACCAGACAACGGCCCGGAUUCAAAUGCUCCAAGUGGUUCGCAUUUCAAUGACAGUUUUGCUUCUCAACAGGAUGACGAAGAAGUCACUAUUGAAAAUAUACGUUUUUUGGAGGGGAUUUUGAGAUGGUCAAAAGAUACAUUCAAAGAACAAACUGGUCAAGACUAUGACAGUAUCACUGGACAGCCCUCAAGUUCUCAGGUACCGGUUAUGGAAGAAAACCCAAGAAAUAAAGUCCUUGGAACGUAUCGAAUUAAAGGACUUGGAAAGGUUGAAAUUGCUCCUGACACAAAUAUUUGGAUGGACAAAGUGGAACUCGAAUUUAUUAAAACAGAAUUUCGAAAAAAUCCAAAAGAAAUGGCACGAAAACUGAUGAAAAAUUUGCUGGGUGAAAAUAACCUAAUUAACAUGUCGCCAACUGGAAGAGGAGAUCAUACGGCCAUACCUAAACAAGUCCUAGAUAAUGUUGAAUCAUUUGUGAAGGAAAACGUUAAAAAAGGUUUCAAAAUUAAACAUCAAGAAUAUAUUAGAACGUUAACUUUAAUGUGCAAUACGCUUCGCAAUCAACUCAAGGCGAAAAACAAAACUGGAAAUGAUUCAAACAAAGGAAAACAAACCAAAAAGAAGAGAGGUGCAAAAAACAAUGAAAAAGUGGACAAGGAAAAACAGAAAAAUGGAAAACGCAAGAAAGCCUCGAAUGAAAAAGACGAAAAUUCAAGUGCUACUAAAGACGAAAAUCAAGAAGAAAUUGAAAAUACAAGAAAGAAACGAAAACAAGAUUUGACUGUGAUUGAUGAGAAUCGGAACGAAGAAAUUAAGAAAAAGAAGAAAAAGAAGAAGAAACAUGAGCAUGAACAAGAAAAAGGUGACGAAAAUCUGAAAUUGUCAGAAGAAACAAGAAAUGAAAACGACAAUGUGAACUUUAGUAAAGACAGUGAUGAGAUCUUAAAACUAAAAGAGGGAAUUAACAAAGAUCAAAGUAAAGAAGGUAAGAAAAAAAGGAAAAAAAAGAGGAAACAAGGUAACGAAGAGAAAGAAGACGAAGAUAGUGCAAAAUGGACAGAAGAAAGUAUUAGCGGAAAUGAAAAAGAGAAUUUGAAUCCCAGUGAGGAAACUGACGAAAUUUUGGAAGUAAAAGAUGGAAUGGGUGAAGAUCGAGAUGAGGAAAGUAAGAAGACAAACAAGAAAAAGAAGAAACAAGUCAAUGAAGAGGAAGAAUGAGAAAAAACUGAGAAAUUUUCAAUGAAGCAGCAGUAGAAAUGAAGAAAAGGAUGAAGUUUCGAAUGAAGAGAAUAAAGAAAAUAAAGAAACAAAGCUACGAAGAGAAAAAAAUUGAAAAAAAUAUCGAAUGAGAAUGGAAUGAAUAAAGACGACAAAAUGAGAGAUAAAUAAUUAAUUUUUUUAAUAAUUCGUUAAUUAAUUUAAAAUUUAGAAAAAAAAUAAUUUUCAAUAUAGUGAAACCUGUGUAAGUGGGACAUGUGUAAACCGUCCCAAUUAAAGAGGUUUUAUUGUAUCUACAUUUUUACACUUACACUAAAAAAAUUUAUUUUUAAAGAACGAUGUUAAUUUUUAAUACAAAUUUCAUUUUGUUCC